GGACGAGCGUGGAGGAAGAGCGAGACCAGGUGGUGAUAGGCGUACGGAAGCGCUCCGACCUCGAGUCGCGCGACCGCAGCCGCCACAACCGCAUCGACGAGACCAACAAGCUGCUGCAGCGAGUGCUCGAACUGGACUCGUAGCCGCUGGCCAGUGCUGUAGUGUGGCGCCGUGCCGCGCCGCGCCGUGGCUGGGUCCUGUUCUGAGACGCCGCCGUCGCUGUUGAGGGAUGGCCGUUGCGGCGGCGGGGCGGCCGGCGACUGGUCACCGUGCCUUGUCGGCGCUCCGUUGCCCGACUCAGGUCAGGGGUUGGCGGGCGCGGCCUUCUGCGCUCGUCCCGGACGGCGCCGCGGCGUCACCCGGCGGCCGGGGGGCCCGGGGCUCGGGCGCCGGGCCGUGUUUUGAAGUGCAGCUGCGGGCGACACAGCGCCUGCCUCCAUC